AUGCUCAAUUCGGCCGGGACUACGAAGCUAGUCUGGGACCACAUCUACAGCACAACUUUGCGGGACGACUUCCGCCCUCCUACAGAGGCCGCGGGCAGGCUUCUGCCCCGCAACUACGACCGGCCCAACCACCCCGGCUACGGCCUAGCCGAUCGGGUGAAGCUCUUCCUGCUUCCGCUCCUCACCUGGCAGGCCAUCAAGGAGGCUAAGGGCUUCGACGGAGGUUUCACGUUCUGGCUUCUGCCUCACAUCGGACAGCUGCAAAUUCUGCGGUGGGACUUCGAGGCCAAUUACCGCUCCUUCGAGUCCUGGAGCAUACGUCAGCGUUGCUCGCUUCUCAAGGCCAGGCGUCAGGAGCACAUCCGCGAGGCUUUCCAGGAUGUGACCAAAGCAGAGCGACAGCCGCUAACCACGCUUCUGCUCGCAGACGAAGCCACUAUCACCGACAUUGAUCCUCGCACCCAUCAUGUCGCUCUGGACCACGAUCUGCAGGAGGACAACUCAGGCCGAUGGCUUCUUGAGGACUCUCCAGCACGAGUCACACGGCUGUCCCCUUUCACCUACCAGGUUGACUCGGACCUCCUGCUCUGUCCCGGUCAACAACUCCGUUAUGAGCGGGUCGUCUCUGACCCUUCCGAGCUUGCGAUCCACCUGCAGCAGUACUGGUCCGCCCGAUGGAAUUUGGAUCAUCCACCGGAUCCUGCCACCUGGCAGCGGGUCCUGGCAUUCGCUCGUGCUUACCUGCCUCGGCAUACCUUUUCAUGCCCCGACCUGGCAGUUGAAGCAUGGGAACUCGGCACAAAGAAGUUUGCAGCUAGAUCGGCCCGCGGCCCAGACGGCUUCGACCAUCUUGAUCUCGGGCUGAUGCCUGCCUCUUUCAAGCGCCAGAUAUUACAGCUCCUUACGCACAUUGAAUCCGGGGCCUCCUGGCCCCAGCAACUCCUCAAGGGGUUCAUCCAUCCCCUCCCCAAGCACGAUGCGGCUACCGUCAUUUCACACUACCGACCCAUAGUGGUCUUCUCCAUGAUCUAUCGUUGCUGGGGCUCCCUUCGCUCAGGAUGUCUGCUACAGCAGCUCAGUCAGGUGCUUCCACGAGGCAUCCUCGGCUUCAUCCCUGGCCGGGAGACUGGUGAUUUCUGGUAUUACACCCAGGCUCUCCUUGAGUGUGCUCUGCAACAGCAACUUCCCAUUUGCGGCUGCACCACCGACAUCCGCAAAGCCUUCGAGCAUAUACCGCGGGAUGUCUUCUUCCAAACUGCCACCGCUCUUGGCUUUCCACCUCGGGUUCUGGGCGCGUGGCAGGCCUUUUUGGAGCAAGUUCAGCGGCACUUCCUGGUGCAGGACCAUCUCAGCACAGAGAUCACCUCGAACAGUGGGUUUCCUGAGGGAUGCUCCCUCUCGGUGGUGUGCAUGUGCAUCAUCGACUGGAUCUGGGAUGCCUAUCAGUCGGCCUUCGCCCCAAGCACCAUACCGUCGUCCUAUGUGGACAACCUAGAGCUGCUUGCACGGGACGUAGGCUCCCUACUACGUGGUCAACUGGUCAUGGAGGAGUUCUACAAUCUUUGGGCACUUUGCCUGGAUCCCGGGAAAACCUACUACUGGGCUACCAAUAGCAAGGACCGUUCCUUCUUACGACAGCUCGGCCACCGUGUCGAGCUUGCCCAUGCCGAUCUUGGAGGUGCGCUCACCUUUUGCCGCUCGCGUGCUCUCGGUUCGUUCCGGGCACGACUGGACUCCUUGGAGCCGCUUUGGCCCAAGCUGCGGCGGUCUUCAUCGCCCACAGCGAUCAAGCAGCUCAUACUACGACAAGCCUUCUGGCCCAAAGCGUUGCACGCUGUCUCCAUCUCGCUGCUACCCUGGGCAGAGAUCGCUCAACUACGCACCAAGGCAGUUCGGGCACUUGGCCACGGCAAGGCAGGUGCCCAUCCGGGCAUUCGGCUGGGUCUACUCAGCGGCAAUGUCGCCACGGACCCAGGAGCCUUCCAGCUCAUCAGGGUCUUCCAUGACGCUCACCGCUUCCUGACCAAAGACCGCAGGAUCCUCGACAUGUGGCAAUCCUUCCACGAGCACUUUCACGGCUCCAUGCUCUCCGGGCCGUUUAGCAAGCUUGUUGACCAAUGCGACCUCAUCUGGUGGCGGGUUGAAUCCCCACCAGUUCUACUUGACCACCACGGCCUGCCAGUCGACCUCUUGACAGACCCUUGGCCUUCUACCCAGGCACGUCUUGAAGACGCAUGGCGGCAGAGACUCGCGCGCGAGGUCGCUCAUCGCCAGGAUUACAGCGGGCUCGUGGGCCUUCAAUGGCCACCCAGUAGGCAUGAGGCACAUCUCACGGCACUUCAGCACGCUCAGGUCAAUGCCCUGCGUGAGGGCACUUUCCUCACUGGGCAUGUGCAGGGUAAGUUUGACCUGGUUAAGGGCACGGCUUGCCCUUUUUGUGGUGCCGAUGACACACUGGCGCAUCGCUGUUUUGGUUUGUCCGGCCUUUGA